UUGCUUGCUUCUCACCACCGAGUGACUCACAUUUCCUUCCUCUCACAAGCAACACCCACAGUUCUGUUCAUCGCGAGUUCGGGGCAAGAAAUCGCAGAACUUGCCCGGGAAGAAAGAAAGCAAGCAAGAAAACUCAAUACCCGAAAGUCGGAAACGACCAACUUUCGAUUUUGUUUUGGUUGAGAGAGAGUUUCUUCUGAGGAGAUGGAGUACCAUUAUUGGAUGGCUGGGAUUCUGGGUUCUUGGUUCGGGUUCCUGUUCCUCUGCAGCUUCUUCAUGACGGGGAAGAAGAAGAGUGGCGAUGAGUCCAUGGAGGUUGUUCGAGGAGAAGAAGAAGUGAAGAGCCAGAAAUCGUUUAAGUGCUCUGCUGUUGAUGGGAUUUGCGGAGAUGAUCAGGCCGAGGGGAGCACAGAGGUCAUCAUUGUCGGUGCCGGAGUUGCCGGUGCUGCUCUUGCUUAUACCCUUGCGAAGGAUGGGCGCCGGGUCCGUGUGAUCGAGAGGGACCUUACGGAGCCCGAUAGGAUUGUUGGUGAACUUCUACAGCCUGGAGGGUACCUCAAAUUGCAGGAGCUGGACCUUGCAGAUUGCGUCAGCACGAUCGAUGCUCAGAGGGUGCUUGGGUAUGCUCUGUACAAGGACGGGAAGCACGCACAGUUGUCUUAUCCGCUUGAGAAGUUCCACUCAGAUGUCGCUGGUAGAGGCUUCCACAAUGGCCGGUUCAUCCAACGGAUGCGGGAAAAGGCUGCAACCCUCCCAAACGUGACACUGGAGCAAGGAACAGUGACAUCUCUGAUCGAAGAGAAAGGAACCAUAAAAGGAGUUCAAUACAAGACAAAGGAUGGACAGGAGCUGAAAGCUUACGCUCCAUUGACGGUUGUGUGUGAUGGGUGUUUCUCAAAUCUGCGCCGGUCUCUCUGCAAGCCCAAGGUUGAUAAUCCUUCUCAUUUCGUGGGAUUGGUCUUGGAGGACUGCAACCUUCCAUUCCCGAACCACGGGCACGUGAUUUUGGCGGAUCCCUCGCCCAUCCUAUUCUAUCCCAUCAGCAGCAAUGAGGUUCGGUGCUUGGUUGAUGUCCCUGGACAGAAGUUGCCCUCUGUUGCCAGUGGAGAAAUGGCUCAUUAUCUGAAGUCAGUUGUGGCUCCUCAGAUCCCACCAGAAAUCUACCCUUCCUUUAUUGCUGCAAUUGAGAAGGGGAACAUCAGAUCGAUGCCGAACAGGAGUAUGCCUGCCACUCCUGAACCGACUCCCGGGGCACUCCUUAUGGGAGAUGCCUUCAACAUGAGGCAUCCUCUGACUGGAGGAGGAAUGACCGUGGCCCUGUCCGAUAUUGUCGUGCUGAGAGAUCUCCUCCGCCCGCUCAAUGAUCUCAAUGAUGCUCCCACUCUCUGCAGAUAUCUCGAGUCCUUCUACACUCUUCGCAAGCCUGUGGCAUCGACCAUCAACACUCUAGCAGGAGCCCUCUACAAGGUCUUCUGCGCGUCCCCUGAUCCAGCUAGAAAGGAAAUGCGUGAUGCGUGCUUCGACUACCUCAGCCUCGGGGGCUUGUGCUCGAAUGGACCUGUCUCCCUCCUCUCGGGCCUGAACCCUCGCCCAUUGAGCUUGUUCUGCCAUUUCUUUGCAGUGGCCAUUUAUGGCGUUGGGCGAUUGAUGAUCCCGUUCCCUUCGCCACAGCGUAUGUGGAUCGGCGCCAGACUGAUCACGGGUGCUUCUGGGAUCAUCUUCCCAAUAAUAAGGGACGAAGGAGUGCGGCAGAUGUUUUUCCCAGUGACGGUUCCGGCAUAUCACAGAGCUCCUCCGGUUCAUUGAAGCAUUGAAGCAGAGAUCAAGGAGGGAGAAAGUCACACACAAGCAAUUUCCUCACUUACAAAAGGAAAUGAGGAGACGAACUGCUAAAAGCUAUAGGUUCAAAAAAAAUCUGUGCAGCAUAUCUUAUAGCUUAAGUAGACAAUAUCAUAGGACCUGGCUCCUUAUUUUUAAACUGAAAUGUCCAUUAAAUUAAUUGUACCAAACUUGAGGUUUAUCAAUGUAAUUGUUUCAUUAUAUUUCU